AACGUUUCUUUCGCUCUUUUUCUUCCUUUUUUUUCUCACCAGAAAGAAAACAAGUAACUUUGAGCUAUUUAGCUUGAUCAAUAUAGCCUAGCGAUUGCUUGUGAUUUAUUCUCUUGUGUGUUAUCUGUUCGCAUUUUGAUUUUCUCUUUUUUUGUUCGCCAUGGAACCUGUCGACUUGGAUAUGGGCAAUAGCCUUCACUACCGACGCCAUUCACAAUCGUAUCAAUCGCCGAUCUCGACCAAACUUCGGUACCGAAAACGAUCCCAUUCCAUUACUUCCCAUCAUCAUCUCGCGGCUCAACUGGCAUCGAAAAUUAAAAUGAUUGAGCAUGCCGAUAAAACCGGGUUCCUUCGCUACAUGGACGAUCAAGUCCAUGAAAAAUGGGAUGCCGCCAAAGCUGCCAUGGUUGGCGCUCAACGGUUGUUACAAUUCCAUGAAUUGCCGAGUGAAUGGCAGGAGAAUGAAUACGUCUUGUCUGGAUAUCGCUUUUACCAGAACAGCCGGGAUUGUCUUCGAAGCAUUUUUAUGUUGCACAAUGAAACGAUGAACAUCUGGAGCCAUUUGUUGGGCUUCAUCUUUAUGGCCGGACUUAGCGCGUAUGGAUUCAAUCGGCAUUUUCCAGAAGCUUCGUUCAAUGACCGCAUGGUGUUCAUGGCCUUUUGUGUGGCGGCGCUCAAGUGUCUGUUUUGUUCGUCCAUCUACCACACCUUUAUCUGUCAUUCGCAUUUCACAGUGAAAGCGUUCACUGCGACCCUGGAUUAUAUUGGUAUUGCCAUCCUAAUUACCGCCUCCAUUCUGGUUACCGAGUACUACGGUUUCUAUUGUCGUCCCACCCCACAAUUCCGCUACAUGAUUUUCACCACGGUCGUCGGUAGUGUGGGCAUUAUUUCGCCCUUUUUCAAAUGUUGGGAUACCAAGCAAUACCGGCCCUUACGAGUGGCUGUGUUCUUACUCAUUGCAUUUUCCAGUAUCGUCCCUGUGAUGCAUCUUAUUCGUCUCAACGGACUGGCCUCUACCAUGGAGUUUUUCGAACUCGCUGGAGUCAGCGUCAUGAUGUAUCUUUUCGGCGUCAUCAUCUAUGUCAAUCGAUUCCCUGAGCGAUUAUUUCCAGGCAAGUUUGAUUUUGCAGGUCUGACCAGUCAUGCUAUUUGGCACGUCUUUGUAUGCCUAGGUAUUUAUUUUCACUAUCUGGCGUCUCUCAACUUUUAUUCACAGCGAUUGUCGUACGGUUGUCGCUUGUAAAAUUAAGACAGAAAAAAAAAAGAUCAAGAUCAUCCACCUUAUCUUUCUGCUUUUCUUCAUCCCCCUAAACCUUCAUAUCUCUCACACUUGGGACCGGGGCGUCAAAUGCAGAAAAAGCAGAAAGAUAAAGAAAAAAAAUCAAGGGAGUGCCCGAACAAGUGACCGCCAGAGAGCAGGCUCAUGGGGUCCAAUGCGAUGUUUUUUAUUUAUUUCUUUUUGACAUGAUUCUUUCACAUUAUCCUUCAUUCACUGUUUCCUUCAUUCAUUUUUAUCUAUUCUUUUUUUAUUUCCUUAACUUGUCAUACUUUUAGUUACAUACCCCAGAAACUUGUUUCCGUUAAUAUCCCCUUUCUGAUAUUUUAUUCUGCUGUAGAAAAAUGAAGCUAAAAAAAUGUUUUUCAUCAAUACAACGGCCCUAAAAAAGAAAUAAAAAAGCAAAGCUC